ACUCUCUGGUUCUGUUUGAUCCAUUUCUUCUUUCUCCUGCUGGAAAAAAAAUGUUAAAAAAGAAUUUAAUAGAGAGUCAGAAAGAAAGCAAAUUAAUGGAGAAGAUGGGCACGGCAGAACCCAACUUUGAACAACUAUUUGAGGAGAAGAAGCGCGUCAGGAACCCCCUCGUUCCCGUCGGUGCACUUAUGACGGCAGGAGUUCUCACAGCUGGCUUAAUCAGUUUCAGGCGAGGCAAUUCUCAAUUGGGUCAGGUGUUAAUGAGAGCUAGGGUGGUUGUCCAAGGGGCUACUGUGGCACUUAUGGUUGGCACUGCUUUCUACUAUGGGGAUAACCCAUGGAAAAAACCAAGUUAGACGUUUUAUAGUGUGGUUUCUUGUGAUGAGUAUUUUGGUUGCUGCAGGGUGUCCUCCGUAGUGACACAGGCUGUUCUUUUUCUAUGCCGAUUUUAUUCAAUAAAAUCCACACAAUUCAUAUGCUCUCA